AUGACAAAUAAGGAACGCCGAGAUCGUAAUCGGGAGGCACAGCAGCAGUUCCGUAAGCGCAGGCAAGAAGCCAAUGACCUGCGCUUCCACCGACUGAAGUCUCUUGAAUGGGUCAUAGAGAGAAUGAGCACUGUCGUUGCAGACUUCACGGACCAAUUACUUCAGGACCCUGUCGUACUGCAAUACCCUGAUCUCAUUACAACUAUCCAGGAUGUGAUUAAGGAGGUUCUCGCUUUGGCAAAUGCAGCUGGUGAUCCAGAAGACGCACCCAAAAUCCGUAGGGCUAGGGGCAAAAGUGUUCAGGUGAAGGGCGUUACUGGGGGCAGUAAGCCUAUCUCAGAUCCAUCUCAAAGUCCGAUUGACGCCACUGCGGAUAGUGCGCUUCUUUGCCCAGGGCAUCAAGACGUUAUGCCCGAUCCGACAACUAUCACACAAACCUUCCCCAUGCAAAACCCUCUUGUCGAGUUUGAAGGCAUACCCCUGGAAAUAAUGACACCGGAAUUUUACCCUCAAGCGCCUGACGUAUCACUCACAAUCCCGCAAUCACUGGGCCCUAUCCUAUGGACUACACCAAAGCGCUUUCUACCCAAUUCCUUUAACCAUCGCCUAACUUAUUCAUGCUUCAAUGCCGGUGGUCUUGUCCUCAACAGAUCCGUCGAAUCACCUAUCCCAUGGACCGAAGAGAGUCGUAUGUUUGGCUCAACCUUUCGAUAUCGCCAAAGGGAGGAGAUGAUCAACCGAAUAAAAUGGCUUCUCGGCCCAGGCAAGGACGAGCUACAGGAUCUAGCCCUGCUGCCUUGGGGAGGAAGAUGGUGGGAUCAAGAGUUCUCUAGCGACGAUCUUGCUAGCUGCGCAACAGCUGCAAGCAUGAUUGACUCAUCCGCUCCCCAGUUCCUCAGCGUAUUUGGUGUUGAGAAACAGCUCAAGGCGCUAGGAGCCCGUUCCCUGGAGAAAGAAACCGUGGAGCUAAGCACUAAUAACUUGGCUAUUCUUUCGGGAAAUUGCCGGGAGCCUUUAUGCGUACAGCCAGAAAGCUGGAGUUUUGUCAACCUUUUUCCAUCGAAAACGCCACGACAGAGAUUCACAUCACCUACAAUUCAUGUGAGUGUGAGCUCACUGAUAGCAAACCUUACCAAGAUAGCGGUGUGCUUAAUGAAGGGUCCUGGGUUUCCUAAGCAGGCACUGAAAAGGGCUAUUGAGGAGUCUGUUAUCAUGAGCAGUGACUAUGAGUCAUGGAGUCAUGAUCCCAUACCUUGUGGCGGUCGCGGUAUCCAGUGUGAGUAA